AUGGCGUCGGGCAGCUCCAUGCCCUUCUCUUCCCUCCACCCAGUACCCACGGGCGAUCGCAAACCAAAAAGCCUCGGCGAGUUUAUUGCCCGCGUACAGGCGGAGCGCGGCUUUCGAAACGUCACCGAGGAAAGUCUAAAGGAGGAGGUCGAGAAUAAGAAAAAUGGCGUCGGCGAGGUGAAGGAGGAAGACACGACAAUGGUCGAGGGAGACGAUGAGGACGAGGAACCACUAGAUGCCGGCGCCGCGCGGAUGGAAGUGCUGAGGAAUAUUGAUACCGCGCAAAAUGCUGCCCUAAUGACCCUCGACUUCAUCUCAUUACUACUCUCGAAAGAAAGCCCUGCGCAGGCAGGUGUCACUCUCUCCCAGCAACUGCGCGACUGGACCGGGAUAGGAACCCUCGGUAUCGCGAAGCGCGAAGAUAACGAAGAACAGAAGCAAAGAGACGCCGAGAAAGCAAAGGACAACCGCGACGUGUCUCUAGGUUGGGCUUUGCUCGAUAUCGAAAAGACAAAGGAAUCGGCCGACAAGGCGGCAACCCAUUUGAGCAAGGAAGUGGAGCGUGAAGCAAAGUACUGGAGUGAGGUACUGUCCGUACACCAGGCUGGAUGGUCCAUGUGCAGGCUGCCUGCGGAACGACAUACCCUCGGCGUCAGAUUCGGGUUCUCAGAAGCAUCACCUGAAUUCAGAAAUAGCAGUCUCGCGCCAUUGCGACGCGGAGAUGACGGCUCAGCGCUUCUCCAGCACGGCCGCGUCGGAUCCGGCUGUCAACGUCUCGCCAUCACCGUGAGCAGAUCAGGCGAGCCGAGUGGUCGUCUUGCUGUUGGGGCCUCCGUACCGGACUCGGCUUUGCUACCGGCUCGCGUCCUCGAGGCCCGUAACACCAUCUUUGCGCAAGAGCUCUGGCAUGAGCUCCAUCGUGAAGCACACUCUCUCGCCUCGUAUGGAGUCCGCGCGGAUAACAACUCCAUCAACUUUCACCCCAGCUCGGGACCAAGUUUGACGCUGGAGCUCGAGACCCUCGAGGAUAGCGCCGCCACCGUCGGCGCAUCGCCUGACAACGUCCUUGCCGAAGCAACGCAUCUCGGUCUGCACAUCCUCCUCAGCCACGCUCAUCGCCUAAAUGAGCUACAACGACUGCGGCCAACGCCCCCUCACCAACGUCGCAACCAAACACAAAACCAGUACCACCUCCUUAGACCCAUCAUCGCCAAAAUCCUCUACGACCGCUCCGUCGAGCAGGUCACCAGUUUCGCCGGCGACCUCACCCGCGUACUACGACAAGCCGGCGUCGACGCCGCCUCCUUCACCCUCAACACCCCUCCCUUCCCGACCGCCGAGUUGAAAAACACAUCGGGUGGUGCCUCCAAUCGGCCCAACGCCUCACAAGCACUCACAAACAUGCUCACAUCCCCAGCAGACUUCCAGAUCGAGCUGACCCUGACCCCGACCUCCCGCCUCCAGAUCCGCGGCCGCACAUUCCUCCUCCCGCUGACAACAACACAAUUCCAACUCCAACUUCUUCCCAACGUAGCAGCAGCAGCAGGAACAGCAGCAGAAAGCGAACCGUCAAAUGGCGAGCAACAGCCCGCGCCGCCACCGCCAAACACCCUGCAGUCCUCCUACCCGCCUUCCCGCGACCCGUACCCAGACAUAGCCUCCGUCCAGCUCUAUAUCACAAACGCGGCAGCCCAUGCACUCACAGACCACGCAAUGUCCCUCAUUCCGCCGCCGCCGCAGCCGUCCAACCCGUCUACGCCCCCCUCGGAACCCGCCCCCGCGGAGUGGAUAAAAUCCGUCCGCGGCACCGCCAUCCGCGACAUCGACACGGAAACGCGCGAGAUCCGCUUCGAUAUCCUCAACAGCGGCCCCGAUAACCGGCCGACGCUGCAGAUUGGCGCCGCCUGGCGCGCGGGAGAUAAGCCUCUCCUGCAGCGCUGGUCUUGGGCGGCUGGUGGCGACCCGUCGUUAUCUUCGUCACAGCCUCACGUCAGUGACAUUGUCGCCGCUGUCGUCCAGUCCAGGGAGGUUUAG